UCAUCUCCGCCCCCCAGACCCCGGAUGAAGCUGCCGCUGGAGAGAAGGGCCACCGAGGCUGGACGGAUUUUAGUUUAGCGGUGAGGGGGUCGGAGCGGAUUGAAGCCCCGCUGGAUUAAUGUCGACAGGGCAGCGCAGAGUGCCAGCAGGGCCACGACAAGCAAACCAUCCGCGCCGAGCGGAGACACCGGCUAAUAGCUGCUGCUAACUGUGCUUAAGUGUUAGCAAAGUAACGCGGAGCUGGGAGACAGCUUCUCCGGCUAUUAGCUGCUUCACACAGCCGAGUUUGCAGCUCACACACCGCACGUCUUGUCAGGGAUCCAGUCUAACACAACACCUGGUGGAUAAAUGAUGUCUGCCGCUAGCAUUGACCCUCAGACAUCGAAAGGACAAGAUGCAAGCAAAGCCUUUCCAGUUUCAGUGCAGAAUGGCUCCCUCCAUCAGAAGGACACAGUCCAUGACAAUGACUUUGAGCCCUAUCUCACCGGCCAGUCCAGUCAGAAUAACAGCUAUCAAUCAAUGACAGAUCCUUACCUAUCCAGUUACUAUGCCCCCUCCAUUGGAUUUCCUUACCCUCUUAGCGAGGCUCCUUGGUCUACAGGAGGUGAUCCACCGAUUCCCUACCUGACGCCCUACGCCCCGCUCAGUAAUGGAGACCAUCACUUCAUGCAUGACACAGUAUUUGGGCAGCCAGGUGGGCUCAGCAGCAGCAUCUACCCCCACAGGUUUAACUUUUUCCCAGAGAAUCCGGCGUUCUCGGCCUGGGGCACCAGUGGUUCUCAGGGCCAGCAGACUCAGAGCUCAGCCUAUGGGGGGAGCUACAGCUACCCACCCAGCUCUCUCGGAGGAACCUUGGUCCCUGAUGGCCAGACGGGGUUCCACAGUGACACCCUGAGCAAAGCUCCAGGUAUGAACAGCCUGGAGCAGGGCAUGCUGGGCCUAAAAAUAGGAGGGGAUGUGACAGGAAGUGGCUCUGGUGUGAAGAGUGCAGGCUCUGUGAUCGGUGGCGGUGGCAGUGUAGCUGCAGCUGUUGCCACGGGCAACGGCGGCACACCAAUCGGUAUGCCCCCUCCCAAACCUACAUCGUGGGCUGCUAUUGCUAGUAAACCUGCCAAGCUGCAACAACAAAAGACCAAGAACAAGCCUGGCACUCCUCUAGCUGGAGGAGCUCUGCCUCCACCUCCUAUUAAACACAACAUGGACAUUGAUACAUGGGAUAAUAAAGGGACUGUUACCAAGAUGGCUCCUCCUUUGCCCCACCACCACCACCAUCACCACCACCAACAGCACCAGCCCCAGCUUCACUCCCAUGCCCCCAGUCUCCUCCCUCCCCUUCAACAGUCCCUGCAGUCCGCCCAGUCCCUUGUGCAGCAGAUGACCAUGCAGGGACCUCCUCCGCAGUCUUACCAGAACCACCAGAACCACAACUCCGGUCCAGCUCCUCAGACCCGCUGGGUGGCUCCACGGAACCGCAACUUGUGCUAUGGUGGUGGAAGUUUAGACAGCAGUGGCUCUUCUAAUGGUGGCGGUGUUGGUAACGGAGGUGCGGGGGCCGGAGGUGUGCCUCCAGAGCCGGGAUCAGAUUCCCACCCUGUGCUGGAGAAGCUGCGAGCGGCCCACAGCUACAACCCCAAGGAGUUUGACUGGAACCUGAAAAACGGCCGCGUGUUCAUCAUCAAGAGUUACUCUGAGGACGACAUCCACCGCUCCAUCAAGUACUCCAUCUGGUGCAGCACGGAGCACGGCAACAAGCGUUUGGACUCAGCCUACAGAGCUAUGAACUCUAAAGGUCCUGUCUACUUGCUGUUCAGCGUCAACGGCAGCGGCCAUUUCUGUGGCGUGGCAGAGAUGCGUUCGCCUGUGGACUACGGUACCAGCGCUGGUGUCUGGGCGCAGGACAAGUGGAAGGGCAAGUUUGAUGUGAACUGGUUGUUUGUUAAGGAUGUGCCUAAUAGCCAGUUGCGCCACAUCCGCCUGGAAAACAACGACAACAAGCCAGUCACCAACUCACGUGACACUCAAGAGGUUCCUCUGGAAAAGGCAAAGCAGGUGCUCAAGAUUAUUGCCCAGUACAAACACACCACCUCCAUCUUUGAUGACUUUUCCCACUAUGAGAAGAAGCAAGAGGAGGAGGAGGUGGUGAAAAAGAGCUAUGAGCCUGCCUCAAUACAGAGUCGAUCCAGAAUCGAUCAGGACCGUCAGAAGUAAACUGUAGAAGACAGCUUCUGAAAGCUCCAUUAAAGGUUGUGUUUGGAUGGACAUGCUGAAAUUAAGAUUGAAAAUGAAAACACAAGGACAUACAAAAAUUGAAAACUAAUAUUUUUUUCUAUUUAAUUUUGUCGACUUUGGCCCAUGUCAAACUUUUGAGCCACGUUGCUCCUGGUUCCCCAGUCUUUGAGAUGCGUGCAGGGAUGAAGCAAGUUCCACCAGGCGAAUCGCUUCAACAACAUCUAUUUUCUUGUUUUUUCUCGUAUUUUUUAGCCUUAUAAAUCUCUAUCGCUACCCUGGGACUUCUGAAAUUCUCGACUAAAUAUAAAUAUCUGCACGUCUGUUUGGAAAAUCUCUUGACAACAUGCUGCUGAUAUUCAGUGACUGUUCACUUUGUGGUUUGUGUGUUGGAGAAAUGUUAAGUGCUUGUAUUGGUUAAUCUUAACGAGUGAACAACACUUUAUUGACAAAUGUUUGCUAUCUGUGUGUGGCCAGUUGUAUUUUAUAUUUUCAGAAGACAAAAAAAUAACUUCUAUAAUGUCCCUUUUUUUCAUUUGAGGGGCGUCUUAGUUUUGUGGAGGACUGAAGGUUUCUGUAUGCAUAGACAUAAUCGUGCAAGGUUGUGACAUUAGAAUGCAUAAAUGUUAGAAAAAUAUUUUGAUUAACGUAUAACCUGGUUUACAACUGAUAUAAAUUUAACAUAAUGUUGAGAAAAUGUGGGAUUUUUUUUUUUUUUUUUUUGGUCUCCAGAAUGGAGCCUUAACAUUUCUUUUCAGCUAUAGUGCAAAUGAAACUUGUUUUUUUUUUUCUAUUAAUGUACCUCAAAAUUUUCAGCUAGAGAUUCGGGGAAAAGGUGUCUAGAGAUCAGAUGUUCUUAAAGGUGGUCCCUCUCUUUAUUUAAACGAUGGAAAUUCAAAUAUACUGUAUGAGUUCAGGUUUUUAUCAACACAAACUCUGCGUUCUAUCCCCUGUUCUCAGUAUUUGUCUCUGUUCCCUGCUGUUCCAACAGGGGUCUCUGUUUAUGACGUUCUGGAGAUAAUGUAGCAUGUACUGCUUUUAAAUCUCAAGCCAGGCCUGUCAUUUAGUUUCUUUUCUUAUUUUUUUUUUCGUUCUUUAACAUCAUUAUAAUCUUGGCAUUUUCAUUGCUAUAACCUGUCAACUUCAUCCUCAGAAAAUGUAAGCUUUAAUGUACCGGCAUUUCUAACUGAGAUCGCCUCAAAAUGUUUAACUGUAGCAUUAUACUUAACUGAUUUAUUGUCAAGUGUAUGGAAACCCAGAGACUAGCCUAUAUGGUAUAUGUUUGUGACUUUUUUUUUUAAAAUUGCUUGCUGUAUUGUGCGUAUGUGUGCGUGUGCAAGAGCGAAGAAAAGAGAGGGAGUACAACUGUGGAGCAAUCAGAGUUAUAUAACGGUAUUGGAAUAUAGAAAAUUUAUGCAAAAAAAAAGUUUUAAGUCACCCUUGAAUUAAAUAUCCAUUGUAUCAGAGGUCACGAUCACAUUCUUAGAUUUGAUCAUGCUCAUUAUUAAAGAUAUACUUAUCUGUU